AUGUCCUCCCUGCCCCCAGUGCUGCUGCUGCUGCUGCUCCCUCAGGCAGCCUGUGAGGUGGAAAAGGCACAAUUCCCUGUGAUUGUGACCCCGAGUCCAAACAGGGCGGCCAAUUACUACCACCCAGGAGACUACCUCAUUGCUGGGGUCUUGUCCUCACAAUAUUUUAUGUCUCUCCAACCAUACCAGUUUUCAGUGUCCCCUUUAACCAGGGUGGAUCGUCUGCGAGAUACACGAUUCUGGCACGUGCUGUCCUUCUUGUUCGCUGUUCAAGAGAUCAACGGGAAUCCUGAGCUCCUACCCAACCUCACCCUGGGAUAUGACCUCUAUAAGUCCUACUUUGAUGGGAGAGCCACUUCCUACGGCAUGCUGAGGCUGCUUGUGGGUGGGGAAACACACUAUCCCAAUUACAGUUGCGGAAAAAAGAUGAAUCUGCUGGCCAUUCUCGAAGGGACCGAAUCGGACCUCUCCAUCCUGAUUUCAGCCAUGUCAAGCAUCUAUAAAAUCCCGCAGGUGUGGCUUGGGAGUGGGCAGGAGAUGAGUUUCGGCUUUGCCACUCGCGUGCUGAAUGAGAAAACCCAGUUCCCUUUCGUCUACCGGAUGGCCCCCGGGGAGGAAAGCCAGUAUCCCGGGAUUGUUCUGUUGCUCUUGUAUUUUGGCUGGACGUGGAUUGGGCUCUUCACCCCCAACACUGACAACGGGGAGAGCUUCAUCAAGGCCAUGACACCCUUCAUGAUCAGCCAUGGAAUUUGCAUUGCCUCCUCAGAAAGACUGCCACGAAAUAUCUUGUACCAAACAUUGCCCAAUGCAGAACAUUGUACCAAGUGUCCAGAAGAUCAGCAUCCAAACAAGGACAGAACUCAAUGUUUACCCAAGGAUAUAACUUAUCUGUCCUAUCAGGACACCCUGGGCAUCAUUCUGGCUUCCUUGACCCUCUUCUUCUCCCUAAUAACAAGUUUCAUUCUAGGCAUCUUUGUUAAAUUCCUACACACCCCAGUAGUCAUAUCGAAUAACCGGGGUAUCUCCUAUGUUCUCCUGGUCUCCCUUCUGCUUUCCUUCUUGUCCUCCUUCCUGUUCAUCGGAGAGCCAAAGGUUGUGACAUGUCUUCUCCGACAAACGGCCUUCAGCAUCAUCUUCUCAGUUGCCACCUCAAGUGUGUUGGCCAAAACCAUCACUGUGGUGCUGGCCUUCCUGGCCACCAAGCCAGGGAACAAAGUCAGAAGGUGGCUGGGAAAGAGCUUGGCCAACUCCAUUGUCAUUUCCUCUUCCAGUGUCCAGCUGGCCAUCUGUUCCAGCUGGCUGGCCAUGGCUCCACCUUAUCCUGACUCUGACAUGUUCUCCCAGCCUGGACACAUCAUCCUACAAUGCAAUGAAGGGUCUAUCAUCAUGUUCUACUCUGCAUUUGGCUACAUGGGCUUCCUGGCUGCAUUCUGCUUCACGGUGGCCUUCCAUGCCAGGAAGCUGCCUGGGGCCUUCAAUGAGGCCAAGCUGAUCACCUUCAGCAUGCUGGUCUUCUGCAGCGUCUGGGUGUCCUUCGUGCCCACCUACCUGAGCACCAGGGGGAAGUACAUGGUGGCUGUGCAGGUCUUCUCCAUCUUGGCCUCCAGUGCUGGGCUGCUGGGCUGCAUUUUCAUCCCCAAGUGCUACAUCAUUGUCCUGAGGCCUGAUCUGAACAGAAGGGAGCACCUCAUGAUGAAAACCAAGCAUGCCAUCUGA